UGAAGUUAUUUCAAGAAUCCGCCUGGUAAAGGACAGUUACAGAAGAGAGUCCCGAAUUAAUUAUUCAUGUAAGAUUGGGUAGUUUUUAUGUCAAUGUUCCGUGAUAACAAUCAGGAGAAUUACAUUGUCAUCACAGUGAAAGAUACAGUGAAAACGAAGGGGGGAAAAAAAAUACCGGCUUAUCCUUCCAUAUUGGUGAAUGAAUGUGGCACACUGGUGUCUCAAUCAAUACAGGUGGGAAAACAUUGGAUACUUUUAUAACUUAACGAUAUAUACUAGAUUUCACUGAGAAUACACGAGUGCAAGAGAAGGAAAAAACAAACUUUCUUCCAAGAUUAAAGUUUUGCACUAAAUGGAAUAUUACAGACCUUAGAGGCACGGAACUUUUUUUGGACAACACACUUCAGUGGAAUUAGCCUAAACCUCUUUACGAGAAAAAACUAACCAAAACAGGAACAAAUCUAACCGAAAGACAAGUAAUACCAGUAAUUAUCACGACGAAACAAUUCUUUGACGUGGAAAUGAUCUGCCGAUAUUGAAAUUUCCGACCAAUCAACCAGAUUUUAAACUAGAUUAUUGGCUUAAAUGCACUAAGCAUUGACACAAAAGAUGCUUCAUUUCCAUUUGAAAACAAACUAUGCAAAUUUACCUCAUAAUAUAUGCAAAUUUUGACAAGUUGUUGUACUAGCCCAAUACUUGAUAAUUGCAUCGAAACUCAUCUCAGAGAGAGAGAGCCAUAGAAUCAGCCAAAAACCAAUUUAGCAUGCAACUAUGCAUUGGUAAAAAUUCAUUAUGGCACAUCAAUGGAAUUCGUACAAAUGCGGAAACCAUUAUAAGUUUAUACACAUUAUAAAUAGAACUAUAUAUAGAGUCAUAGAAAAGGCGAGCCUAGAUCAAUUUGCCUUUAUUCCACUAAAUCAAUGAUUUGAGUAUUAAAUGAAGUGUUAUUGAGGCUCUAUGUAUGAAUAACUGUUAGCUUCCACGAGCUUAUAUUUAAUGAGAGACUUUAAUGCUGUUAUUGGAAUAUCAUGUCCGAAAUCAAUACUGGUAUUAAACGAAUGAAAAAUCAUGAAUAGAUAAAAAUACAGGAUCAGCUGAAAUGUCUACACGUUUCUGGAACAGUUAUUUUCUUGUCACCCUAAUUAUGUCUCUAAUUUUCCCAGAAAUCAAUUGCUCCGCAGUGCCAAUCAGUGUCAACAUGUCGUCUGCUACAACCCCACCUCCCCUCUCAUUCAAUGGAACGUUCCAACUGAACUUCUAUCCAGAAUCAAUCAAUGAGCUGAUACGAGACUGCAACACUACUGUUUAUUUUAAUGGUACAUUCGAAGAAGUUGGUGACAAAAAUGUGGGAGAGAUUAAAAAUGGUAGCAAAUCUACGGAUUUCUAUGCUCGUAUUGUAUCUGGGAAUGCUGAAAUUGUGCAGUUUGUAAAACCCGUUGAUAUGGUAGUGAAAACUCCGAGUAGGGAGGAUAUUUCUAAUCUGCGAUUCACCAGUGAGCUUAAGAUUCCUAUUCACAUAAAUGGUGUUAAUAAUUUCACCAUUCAAGCCAUGCACAUUGGAUAUGUGACUGUGUUCGUUACUAUUUUUGGAACGGGUUCAUUGGUCAUGGCAAGAUCGUCGCAAAUGAACCAACCUUUGGGGCAGGGAGAAUUAAAAGUGGCCGUUGUGUCGCGGCAAAAACCGGCAGAUUUUGUGUUCGACUGCUCGGCAGCUGCAGUUGCAAUUCUUAUAAGUUUUGGAAUAGGGUGUGUUACCGACACGGAAAAUUUAAAACGUCAGCUGAAAUACCCAGUCUCUCUUGUUCUUGGAUUUUGCUGUCAAUUCCUCCUUAUGCCUGUACUUGCCUUUGGUCUAGCAAUGAUUCUCCCUCUCCAGAAGAAUGUACAGUUUGGUCUCCUGUGUGUGGCAUGUGUACCCGGGGGAGGUUUAGGUCAUGUUGCAGUCAUCAUCAGUAAAGCUGAUCUACCUCUCAGUUUAACCAUGAACCUCAUCAGUACAGUUACUAUGCUAGGAACGGCGCCAUUAUGGAUAUUUGUUCUUGGUCAGUACUUCCAGCAGACGGAGGGCUCGAAAAUCAUUCCGAUAUACAAUUUUGAAAUAUGGCUGGCAUCCACCUUCUUCUCUUACACUGCUGGACUAGUUAUAAACCGGUUCAAACCGAAUGUAGCGGAAGGAUUACUCAACUGGUUUAUAAAACCAUUUUUGCUACUAGCUACAAUUUUAUACAUCACCGUGGGUGUCUAUAUAAAUAUGUAUGUUUUUGAAAAAGUUGACAAAAUGACAGUUUUAGCAGCUAUGCUACUGCCAUUGUGCGGGGUGUUAGUUGGUACAGUUCUUUCCAUAAUUUUUAGACAAAAAUCAAACUUCUGCAAGACAAUUGCGUUGGAAACAUCUAGCCUAAACUGUUUAAUAGUUUUGGCAGCGUUACGAUUUUCGCUCAAUCAACCCGAUGCUGAUUUAGCUUCGGUCAUUCCGAUUUGGGUAAUGUUUACAAUUCCAGCUUUAUAUGUGAUUCUAGCAAUACUAGGGAAAUUCAAAGGAAAAAUUGACAUGUACUUGGAGAGUCGUAAAAAGAAUCAAACGCGACAUUACAGCAUCGCCUCUGGUAUAGUUAAUCAAGCCAAUAUGGCUGCACUAUCGGCGCCCCUUUUUGUGACUGAAACAAUCACCGACGAUGACCAGCAAUCGGGCAUCAGUGAAAAAGUAACAGUUUUGUAGCAUAGACUGUAGACUUCAGGUUAUUUAUAUAGAAUUGGAAUGAAUGCAAUGUACGUUAGUGUUUACGAGAAGAUUUGUGCGGGCUGACGUACAAGCCAAACUUUGAGGAACGAAUAAACAAACAACACCGAAACAUGAGCAGCUAUCAAUGUUUAUAAAACCACCCUAACUGCUGAUACAUGCAUUUUUAGAAUGAAUGGAUAAUAUAGGAGCUUUAACUGAACAGUCAGGUCUCACACAUGACAGUAAAAUUUCAUUACCAUACCAAUUUUUAGCAUAUUGCUAGUGUAUUUUCAUUACAAUCAACAAUACAUACAUUUUUUACACUCUUUUAAGAAUUCCUCAAAUUUUCAAAAAUAAACUGAAAUACUAGUCAUGUACCUUUCAGGAUGCGGGAUUUAAACUUAACAAGGAGUAUAGGAAUAAGGAGUUCAUGGGUCAGUGAUUAAACCUUACCACACUACAUUAAUUAAAUGGACUUGUCCAUCUUUCAUUCUUGAUAAAACCAUUCAUCAUUUUUAGGGAAAAUUUCAAAUAAGUACUGACUGAAUAGCCAACAAUGGCGACCACGAUCAGACAGCUUGGAUAAGCUAGCUGAUUUUGGCCUGCUCUGGAUGCAUUCAGCAGGCUAAGACUUCAAUUGGAACGGUCUGGUAGUGGAAGAUUUUUAGUAAAUUGGAAGAAUUUAAGGACAUUAUAAUAAU